UUAGCGUAUUGUUUUUGUUUCACAGACAAUAUGGCGGCUUACUGGUUCCAUCGUAACCCACUGAAAGCUACAGCAGCUGUAACUUUCGAACUUCAUGGCUCUACCACAGACCAAAUAAGCAGGAAAAUUAUAAGUGAUUUACGAAUGACCAGGAAUAAUUUACUGGAUCUUCUCACUGAUCCUGGCCAUGAUAAGACAACAAUUAUCAAAGCAUACACUGAAUAUUUUGCCUUCUUGCAAGGUCUUUAUCAGAACUAUGAAGGCCAAUCUGAAAACAAGCUGCAAAAAGCUAUCUACUUUAAAUGGACAAACACACUCAAAGGGAAGAUACCCGUAGUACAGAAAGAUGCAAUUUUCGAACAUGCUUCAAUGGUUGUCAAUGUUGCUCUCUGGUUUACCAAACAUGCUGCAAAGUUGGCAGCCCGUGAUAACAUGGGCAUGGACGAAGCAAAGGAAGUUCAUAGAUGUCUUCGUAUUGCUGCUGGCAUGUUUACAUAUGUGAAGAAUGACUUGUGUGCAAGACUUGUAGACAUUGAUAGUGGUACUGAUUUGGAUGUUCGUGUUCUUGAUGCUUUCAUUUACCAAUCUACUGCCGAAGCUCAAGAAGUGACCACAGCACGAGCUAUUGAACUUAAACAUAGUGCCAGUUUAAUUGCUGCAUUAACAUAUGAAACUGCACAGCUCUACACAAAAGCUGAUGAUACGCUUUCCAGUUUAGAUGCUGAAGUAGUUAACAAAUGGAGAAAAUACUUCCAACUAAAGAAAGAUUUCUAUACAGCCUAUGCACAUACCUAUCAUGGAGAAACACUGCUGGCUCAAGACAAAUGUGGAGAAGCCAUCAAAUGCCUUCAGGAAGCAAUGAAAUAUUUUGAGAGAUCUAGUGCACGAUGUAAAGAAUAUAGUGCAACAAAAGGAUCUGGGACACAAGCAAAGCCUCAUGAACACAUAUUCUUUAGAAAUCUUGGACCAAAGGUACGAAGAACUUUGGAAAAAUGUGAAAGAGAAAAUGGAAUGAUAUAUCAUCAAAAGAUUCCUUAUGAUGCUCCAGUCAUUGAACUUAAAGCCACUUAUGGUCUGGUUACUCCUGAGGAAUUUCAGCCUAUCCCUGUCAACCCCGUUUGGACUCCUGCUGUCUUCCAGAAGUUUGUUGUACCAAACACAGGUGUACUUGAAAAUAAAAAGGAAGAAGCUGCAAAACAAGAAGAACUCCCAAAAGUACAAGAGAAAGAAUAUCCAAUGUCUGACAAGAAUGCGAAAAAUGAAACCGGCUGUCUAAUAUCAUAAUAUAUGUCUUUUGUCAAAAUUUUUUUUUUUUUCUCCACUUCCAUAUAUGCUAAUAUGCACCUCUCUCUCUUUGUAUCUGACUCCCUCCAUAAUAAUGCUUAAGCUUUUAGUUCUGAGGCCCCAAUCUCUUCAUACUCACAUUCACAGCAUUUUCAUAAAAAUGUUUUGCAAGCAAUUUUUCCCAAGCAUGGUAUAUAUAUAUAUAUAUAUGCAGGCUAGAAAAAAAAACUUGGAGUUUUCUGGACUGCAAAAUGAUCUUUUGUACUUUUAUUUACAUAGUAUUUCAUUUGGUAUGUUCUACGAAUGUAGUCGGGUAUACCAUGUUUCUUCUUUUAUCUCUUUCCUUCUCUCUCUCCCUCUCUCAGAUACAGGCACAAAUGCCCAUUCAUAUGCAUGCACUCACACUCACGCAUAAUUACAUUUAUACAUAUAUAAAUGAGAGACAGAGAGAGAGAGGCCAAUCACUGAUAAAACUUUGAAGUCACUGUCAAUGAAAUUACACACACACACAAGCAAACAUGCAAAAGAGAAAACUGUUAGAAUGGCGCUGUGAUAUGUAUGAAUGAUGACAUUGAUUUUUAUCUGGUUUUCAAUGUUGGGUAAAAUAGAGUAAUCUUAGUGAAGAAAUCUGCAGAAGAAAAAGAAUGUGAGGAGUGCAGGUUAUUGAAUUUUACAAAGGAGACAGCAAGGUACUUAAGUAUUUAGCAAGGGUCAAGACACAGCUGUAGAUCUAAUCCUCUAACCCAUACCAGUAUCGAAAAGUAACUGUAAAAUGAAAAUGAUGGUAAUGAUCAUAUACACACACACACGUAUGAGGGUAACUGUCCCAGUGGUUAGGGUGUUGCACUCUUGAUCUAGCAAUUGUGAUUUCAAUCUCUGGACUGGUUGGUAUGCUGUGUUCUUGAGUAAAACACUUCAUUUUGUAUUGCUCUGUGAUCACUGCAACACCUGACUUAUGGUACACAGUACAUCUAUACAGACAGCAUUGAUUUGAUGAAGAGACUGAACUAAUGUGCAGCAUGAACAUUUGAUUACUAUAAACAAAUCAUUUGUGCAGGUUGUUUGGUAAGAGCUGAACACUCAGAUGUCAUGUUCGACAGGAGAGUUCACACCCACACACACACAUCCCAGAUUUUAAUUUAGGUACAUUAUAUUGGUGCAUGUCUUAAAAGGCAACUAUAAAGAUGGCAAGAGGAAAGAUAUCGGGUCAUCAAGUACUGCAACUUAUAGAAAAGUGGACAUAGCAACAAUAAUUACACAUACAGAGAGAGAGAUUCAUAGAGACAGAAGCAAAAGAGAGUGAGUGUGUGUAUGUGUAUGUACAUACACACACACAAACAUGGCAAGCUUUUUUCAGUUUCCACCUAACAAAUUCACUCACAAAGCGUUGGUCAGUUCAAGGCUGUAGUAGAAGACGCUUACCCAAAGUACCACACAGUAGAACUGAAUCUGAAACCAUGUGAUUGGGAAGCAAACUCCUUAACCACAUGGCCACACCUUGUACAAUGUUAGUAUUGUAUAUAGUUAAAUAACAAAUAAGACAAAAUUCUGGUAAUUCGAAAAAUUAAGUCUCACUGAAAUAUUGAACUUUAGAAAAUAAUCAGAUACAAUUAAAAUAUAAGGUUUAUUGUCUGGAAAAUAUAUACAAACUUUAGCAGAAACUCAAACUUUUCACAUAAAUAAUGUGUAUGUGUGUGUAACAAGACAUCUAUAUUAAGUUGGAUAUAAAUAUUGCCUUUUAUAUAUAUAU